GAGGCACCGGCUCAGGCGGGCGUCACCUGCAAACGGGACUAAUCCCCGCCCGGCGUUCCCGGCAGAGGUGCCGGUGCUGAACCAGGGACUCAGCAGCCUGCACGCCCCAGGCAGACCCGGCUCCAGUUGCUCCUCUGGCCGCGGGCUUCUCGACCGGGACGCAGCGCAAGGCGGGAGCGCAGCGGCCCCGAGUCUCCCUGAGCCAUGGGCAACGAGGCGAGCUUGGAAGGGGAAGGGCUCCCCGAAGGGCUGGCGGCGGCUGCGGCCGGAGGAGGGGUCGGCGGGGCGGGGAGCCCCUUGCACACCGUGAUCCCGGCCGGCAUGGAGGCGGAUCUGAGCCAGCUGAGCGAAGAGGAAAGGAGACAGAUCGCUGCUGUCAUGUCAAGGGCGCAGGGGCUGCCCAAGGGAAGCGUUCCCCCGGCCGCUGCGGAGUCGCCUUCCAUGCACAGGAAACAAGAGUUGGAUAGUAGUCAUUCUCCAAAGCAACCAGGAAAACCUCCAGACCCUGGGCGUCCAGCUCAACCUGGUCUCAGUAAAAGUAGAACUACAGAUACUUUUAAGUCAGAGCAGAAAUUACCCGGAAGGAGUCCUUCCACUAUUAGCUUGAAAGAAUCAAAGUCCAGAACUGAUUUUAAGGAAGAGCACAAGUCUAGCAUGAUGCCUGGUUUUCUCUCUGAAGUUAACCCUUUAAGUGCUGUAUCCUCUGUUGUAAAUAAAUUCAACCCUUUUGAUUUAAUAUCAGACUCCGAGGUAUCCCAGGAAGAAGCCACCAAGAAACAAAAAGUAGCUCAAAAGGAUCAGGGAAAACCUGAAGGAAUCACAAAACCUCCACCACAGCAACAGUCACCGAAGUUUGUUCCCAAGCAGCAAGGACCUGUUAGGGACUCACUUCAGCAGGAUGGCUCUCCAAAAUCAGCAUCUUCUCAGCAACCAGAAAAAAUUAAACCACAACCUCCUGGUACAGGAAAGCCACUUCAUGGACCUGCCCAGCUUGCUCAGACAGACCAGGCAAAAUCACCACUUCAGCGAGAUGCAGCCAGGCCUCAGGCCAAACAGUCAGACUUAGUUCGGGGAGAACCAGUUAAACCCACACAGCAGAGCCCAUCCAAAUCACCUGUUCAGCAAGCAACUCCUGGAAAAUCUCCAGCCCAGCAGCCUGGACCUGAAAAACCACAACCUGGGCCUACAAAGCCUGCAGUCCAGCAACCAGGGAAGACCCUUGCUCAACAGCAGGGGACAGUGAAGCCCUUGGCCCAGUCACCAGGGACAAUAAAACCUCCAGCUCAGCAGGCUGGGUCAGAGAAACCUUCAUCUCAGCAGCCUGGGCCAAAGUCCCCAGCCCAGCAGCCCAUUACACCAAAAGCCCCAGGUCAACAACCUGGACCACAGUCUCCAGCUAAGCCAUCUGGGCCAGGAAAGACUCCAGUUCAGCAGCCUGGGCCAGGAAAGGCUCCAGUUCAGCAGCCUGGGUCAGGAAAAUCUCCAGCUCAACAACCUGGGCCAGGAAAGGCUCCAACUCAGCAGCCUACCCCUGCAAAGCCACCCCCUCAGCAGCCUGCCCCAGCUAAGCCUCCACCUCAGCAGCCUGCCCCAGCUAAGCCCCCACCUCAGAAGCCUAGCCAGGCAAAGCCUCCACCUCAGCAGCCUGGACCAGCAAAGCCCUCAGCUCAGCAGUCUACAAAACCAGUAAGCCAAAUGGUAACUGAGAAAACUCCACAACCACCACCAACUUCUCCAUCUGUAGCACAGACUCCAGUACAAGGCCUCUCUAAAACCAUCUGUCCUCUUUGCAAUACCACUGAACUUCUGUUGCAUAUUCCAGAAAAGGCCAAUUUUAACACAUGCACUGAGUGUCAGACCACUGUCUGUAGCCUCUGUGGUUUUAAUCCCAAUCCUCAUUUAACCAAGGUAAAAGAGUGGCUCUGUUUAAACUGCCAGAUGCAAAGGGCUCUAGGAGGAGAACUCGCUCCAAUUCCAUCAUCACCCCAGCCCAAACCGAAGACUGCCCCUGUUACUCCUACAACAGCGAGCAAAUCACCUGCGCAGCCAUCGCAGAGUUCCCCAAAGAAGGAGGCAACACCCAAACAGGACCCAGCAAAGGCCCCUGAGUCUAAAAAACCCCCACUAGUGAAACAACCAACCCUUCAGGGCUCCCCUGCAGUGCCAGCCAAGCAGCCGCCAGCAGCUGAGUCCUCCUCCAAGACAGCCCCUCCCAAAGACGCUUCUGUCCCAUCUGCUGAGCAGGCCAAAGCCCCCACAGCUGAGGAGAAAUCAAAGCAGCCCAAGACCACAAAGCCACCCUCGGAUAUUCAGUCUUCAGCAGCAGCAACAAAACCCGAUGUUCCAAGCUCCCAAGUACAGGCUCAGGCUCCAGAGAGCACAACCCCUCCUGUGAAAACAGACUCUGCCAAACCCUCUCAGAGUUUUCCACCAGCAGGAGAAAAAGUCACCCCAUUUGAUUCUAAAGCCAUGCCUCGGCCUGCAUCAGAUUCAAAAAUAAUUUCACAGCCUGGUCCUAGUUCAGAAAGCAAGGAUCAAAAACGAGUUGAUCCAGCUCAAAAGAAGGAAGAACCUAAGAGAGCGCCAACCAAAACGAGUCCCAAACCAGAUGCCAAGCAAGUGCCAAAAGGGUCGCCAACACCUCCUGGCCCAAGGCCUUCCACUGGCCAAACUGCCCCCGCGUCUGCACAGCCUCUUAAGCCUCAGGAGCAGUCGAGACGCUUCAGCCUGAACCUGGGCAGUAUUACUGACGCACCGCGAUCACAGCCCACAACUCCUCAGGAAACUGUGACUGGGAAACUCUUUGGGUUUGGAGCAUCCAUCUUUAGCCAGGCAUCGAAUUUAAUUUCCACAGCUGGUCAGACUGGACCUCAGCCACAAGGAGGGCCCACAGUCCCAACAAAACAAGCUGCUCCCCCACCCCAGCCCCCAACUUCUCAGGGGCCACCCAAACCCACAGGCCAGGCACCACCUGCACCUGCAAAGGCCGUACCUGUGAAAAAGGAAGCAAAAGCUCCAGUAUCUGAAAAAUUAGAGCCCAAAACUGAACAGGCUCCAACAACAAAAAGAACAGAAAUGGACAAGAAGCCCCCACCUGUUAAGGAUAGCAAACCUUCAACAGCUGAGCCCCCAAAGUCUGUUCUCCCUGACAAGCUUGAGAAAACCAUCAAACCCAAACCAUUCUGUCCUCUUUGCAAAACUGAACUCAAUAUAGGUUCUCAGGAGCCUCCUAACUUCAACACUUGCACUGAAUGCAAGAAUCAAGUGUGUAAUCUCUGUGGAUUUAACCCAACACCCCAUUUAACUGAGAUUCAAGAAUGGCUUUGUUUAAAUUGCCAAACCCAGAGAGCAAUAUCAGGACAGCUUGGAGACAUGGGCAAAAUGCCACCUACACCAGCAGCUACCAAAGCCUCCCCGGUACCUGUCUCUACAGAACCACCAUCUCAGAAAACAGCAGUACCUGCCCAAGUAAAAGUGAAAAAGAAGGAGCCAGAAGUAAAAGCUGAAACUGAAAAACUUAUUCCUGAAAAAGUAAAAGAAAUACCUUCGAUUGAAAAAAUUCCUCCUAAGGGAACCACAGAUCAAAAACAAGAAGAGAGUGAACUAAAGAAAGAUGUUUCAACCCUUCAAGAAAAAAAGCCACCCUCCAAAGAAGAAAAGCCACUCUCAGAAGAAAAAAUAUUAAUCCCCGAAGAAAAGCAGCCAACCCCUGAAGACAAGAAGUUACCCCCAGAAGCAAAAUCACUGGUUAUAGAAGAGAAAGAAAAACAUGAGGUGCUCCAAACUGAAGGCCAGAUUGAUGAAGAAAAGCAUGAAGGCAGAGUGUCUCCAAAGGUGGUACAUGAAGAAAAGCAACCACAGGCCCAGAUGGAAGAUCUGCCACCUGGUACACAGGGUUUACCCAAGGAAGAUGUUAAAAUAACUGGAAAAACAAAAGAACAGGCACAGGCAGCAGGCAUAGCAAAAUCCGAUCAGGUGGAACCUGGGAAAGAAAAAACAGAAAAGGAAGAGGACAAAUCAGACACCUCAAGUUCUCAGCAGCCUAAAAGCCCACAAGGCCUGAGUGACACGGGAUAUUCUUCUGAUGGAAUAUCAGGUUCACUUGGUGAAAUUCCAAGUCUUAUUCCAAGUGAUGAAAAGGAUUUGCUUAAGGGACUCAAAAAGGACUCUUUUUCACAAGAAAGCAGCCCUUCUAGCCCCUCAGACUUAGCUAAGUUAGAAAGUACAGUCCUGUCCAUUCUGGAAGCUCAGGCAAGUGCACUUGAUGAAAAGUCAGAAAAGAAAGCACAACCCCAUGAGGUUUCUUCAGAGCAGCCUGUGGACCAACAGAAAACUCAGAUUUUAUCAGAAACACUGGAAGUUACUAUUCCAGAAGAGGAGCUCAAGGAGAGUCAAGAAGAAAAGAAGGAAACUUCAAAAAAGGAUAGCCAACAAGCCAUUCCUUCCAGUAAGGACCGUAAAGAAAAGUCUGAGCUUUUCGAUGAUGUAGCUGCGAGAAGACAACCCUAUGAUUCAGUUGAAGACAGUAGUGAAAGUGAAAACUCACCUGUUCCACAAAGAAAACGGAGAACUAGUGUUGGCUCAUCCAGCAGUGAAGAGUACAAACAGGAAGACAGUCAAGGGUCUGGGGAAGACGAGGACUUCAUUCGAAAGCAAAUCAUAGAAAUGAGUGCUGAUGAAGAUGCUUCUGCUUCUGAAGAUGAUGAAUUCAUUAGGAACCAGCUCAAAGAGCUGAGUAGUAUUACCGAGAGCCAGAAGAAGGAGGAAAUGAAGGGGAAGGGGAAAACUACUGCAGGAAAACACAGACGACUGACUCGAAAAAGUAGUACAAGCUUUGAUGAUGAUGCAGGGAGGCGUCAUUCAUGGCAUGAUGAGGAUGACGAGACGUUUGAUGAAAGUCCGGAGCUGAAAUACAGAGAGACUAAAAGUCAGGAGAGUGAAGAACUUGUAGUUGCUGGAGGAGGCGGGCUCCGUCGAUUUAAAACAAUUGAACUGAACAGCACCAUAGCAGAUAAAUAUUCGGCAGAGUCAUCACAGAAAAAAACAACUUUGUAUUUUGAUGAAGAGCCAGAAUUGGAAAUGGAAAGCUUGACAGACUCACCAGAAGACAGGUCCAGGGGAGAAGGGUCUUCUAGUCUUCACGCUUCCAGUUUCACUCCUGGUACAUCUCCUACAUCGGUGUCAUCACUUGAUGAGGACAGUGACAGUAGCCCAAGUCACAAAAAAGGAGAAAGCAAACAGCAACGCAAAGCCCGGCAUAGAUCACAUGGUCCUCUUUUACCUACCAUUGAAGAUUCUUCAGAAGAAGAAGAAUUGAGAGAGGAAGAAGAAUUAUUAAAAGAGCAAGAAAAACAGCGGGAAUUAGAACAGCAACAACGAAAGAGUUCUAGUAAGAAAUCUAAGAAAGACAAAGAUGAACUUCGAGCUCAGAGAAGGAGAGAAAGACCAAAGACCCCACCCAGUAAUCUCUCUCCCAUAGAAGAUGCUUCUCCAACGGAAGAAUUACGCCAAGCAGCGGAAAUGGAGGAGCUCCAUAGAUCUUCAUGUUCUGAAUACUCACCUAGCAUAGAAUCAGACCCAGAAGGUUUUGAAAUAAGCCCAGAAAAAAUAAUUGAAGUACAAAAAGUUUAUAAAUUGCCCACAGCUGUGUCUUUAUACUCUCCAACAGAUGAGCAAUCUAUUAUGCAGAAAGAAGGUGUUCAAAAGGCAUUAAAAAGUGCUGAGGAGAUGUAUGAAGAAAUGAUGCAUAAAACUCACAAAUAUAAAGCUUUUCCAGCUGCAAAUGAACGAGAUGAAGUGUUUGAAAAAGAGCCUUUGUAUGGUGGGAUGCUAAUAGAGGAUUACAUUUAUGAAUCUUUAGUAGAAGAUACAUACAAUGGAUCAGUAGAUGGCAGCCUGCUAACAAGGCCAGAAGAAGAAAAUGGAUUCAUGCAGCAGAGAGGAAGAGAGCAAAAAAUUAGACUCUCAGAACAGAUUUAUGAAGAUCCCAUGCAGAAAAUUACAGAUCUCCAGAAAGAGUUUUAUGAGUUAGAAAGUUUGCAUUCUUUUGUGCCUCAAGAAGAUAUUGUUUCAAGCUCUUACAUCAUUCCAGAAAGCCAUGAGAUAGUGGAUCUGGGUACUAUGGUCCCUUCUACCAGUGAAGAAAAAAAACUAUUAGAUGCUGAUGCUGCCUACGAAGAACUCAUGAAGCGGCAACAGAUGCAGUUAUCACCUGGAUCCAGCCCCACCCGGCCCCCCAUAGGUGAUGACAUGACAGAGAUGACAGAGUCCACCAUGGACUUUGACAGGGUGCCAGAUGCAUCUUUGACAUCAAGUGUUCUCUCAGGAGCAUCUCUUACAGAUUCAACCAGCAGUGCAACACUGUCUAUUCCAGAUGUUAAAAUAACCCAACACUUUUCAACAGAAGAAAUUGAGGAUGAAUAUGUAACUGAUUAUACAAGAGAAAUUCAAGAAAUAAUUGCCCAUGAAUCACUGAUUUUGACCUACUCUGAACCUUCAGAAAGUGCUACAUCUGUCCCACCCUCUGAUACACCUUCACUCACAUCAUCUGUUUCUUCAGUUUGUACCACAGAUAGCUCCUCACCCAUUACUACCUUGGACAGUAUAACCACAGUUUAUACAGAGCCAGUGGACAUCAUAACGAAAUUCGAGGAUUCUGGGGAAAUUUCUUCAUCAACAUACUUUCCAGGCAGCAUUAUAGACUAUCCAGAAGAAAUAAGUAUAUCUUUAGACCGAACCACCACACCAGGAGGUAGAGCUAGAGCUGAUCACGUUGUGAUUUCCUUAUCUGAUGCAGUACCUUCUAUCAGAGAAUCUGUAGAAACUAAACCUGAGGAACCAACUGCUGAAACUACUUCCACUGACUUAUCUAUAUCUGAAAAAGAGAUAGUGAAGAAAGCCAAGAAAGAAACUGAGAAUGGAAUGAUUCUGGAAGUUUUGGAAGCUUAUGAAGAUAAAACAAAGGAGUCUGAGGCUGAACUAACAAAAAUUAGCAUAUCUGAAGCUACGUUUGACCAACCACCUUCUUCUACAAUAGCCCUUCCAAUGAAGGAGCAGCUUUCAUCUGCAUACUUUAUACCCAGAGAGAUCUUUGGUCAGGAAAAGCCUCCAUCUCAGUUACCAUCUGGCAGUCCUUCUGUUUCCUCUCUCCCAACUAAAUCUCGUCCAUUCCUACGAAGUUCUUCUUUGGAUAUAUCAGCACAACCUCCUCCUCCUCCUCCCCCACCUCCCCCUCCUCCACCACCACCACCUCCUCCCCCUCCUCCUCCACCUCUCCCACCACCAACCUCACCUAAACCAACUAUUCAUCCUAAAAAAAAACUGACAGUUGCAGCUCCAGUGACUCCAGCUAUUCCAGCUAUACCUCUGGCUGAUGCUGUGACUCCUAUAGACACCCCAGCUGUUCAGAGGGGUGAUGAGUUACCUGUAACAAAAAUAUGUACCACUGCACCUCCUCCUGUCCCUCCUAAGCCUUCUUCAAUUCCAUCUGGACUUGUAUUUACACAUAGGCCUGAGCCAAGCAAACCUCCAAUUGCCCCCAAACCAGCACUUCCUCAGCAACCAGUGACUACACAAAAACCAACAGAUAUACAUCCCAAACCAACAGGUCUGUCUUUAACUUCCAGUAUGACCUUAAAUUUAGUGACUUCAGCAGAUUAUAAAUUGCCUUCCCCUACCUCUCCACUUUCCCCACACUCUAACAAAUCUUCACCAAGAUUUUCCAAAUCCCUCAUGGAAACCUAUGUGGUUAUUACAUUGCCAUCUGAACCUGGGACUCCAACAGAUUCUUCAGCUAGUCAAACAAUUACCAGUUGGCCCCUGGGAUCACCCCCAAAAGAUCUGGUUUCCAUUGAACCAGUGUUUUCUGUAGUUCCGCCUGUGACAUCUGCAGAAAUGCCAAGUUCUUCUCAACAACUCCUAUACAUUUCAGGAGCUUUGGAGACAUUUUCUGCUGCUCCUGUUGUAACAUCGUCUUCAUUUCAAGGAGCUCCAACUUCACUUACACAGUUUCUCGCGACUGAAGCCUCCAAGGCUGAGGUUUCAGUUGCUAGAAGUACAGCCCCUAGUGUUGGUCCCAGCAGUGUUUCUAUAUCAAUUCCUCCAGAGCCUCUUGCUCUAGAUAGCCUACAUUCAGAGAAGCAUCAGUACAAGGAAAAUGAAAAGUUGCAACUUGUUGGUGAUGUCAUUGAUUUGCGUACAGUACCAAAAGUAGAAGUUAAAGCAACUGAAAAAUGUAUGGAUCUUUCUGCUUCUGCAACAGAUGUGAGGAGACAGACCACAUCAAGUGAAGUUUAUGGGAGACAGAUUAGUGCUGUCCAACCUUCUGUUAUAAACCUCAGUGCAACUUCAUCACUUGUGACACCAGUAUCUCUGGACACUGAGACAGUGACUAUUGCCACAUGCACAGCUACCACAAGUUAUACUACCAUCACUGAAAGCUUAAUGGGUAUAGAACAAGCAAUGACAGCACCACUCCAGCUUACUAAAUCAAAGCAUGCCGAGUCCCCAUACAGAAUGCCAAUUGGCCAGGCCUUUGCUGCAGUUAGGGAGGAAGCGCCAAUCAACUUAUCUCUAAGUACUUCAGCACAUGCAGUAACAUCGGCCAUCACAAAACCUGUCACUGUGCCUCCUGUUGGUGUCACAAAUGGAUGGACUGAUAGUAUCACAUUGCAGGGGAUCACUGAUGGGGAAGUGGUGGAUCUCAGUACAACAAAGUCUCAUAGAACCGUUGUAACAAUGGACGAAUCCACUUCAAGUGUAGUGACCAAAAUAAUAGAGGAUGAUGAAAAACCUGUAGAUUUGACUGCAGGAAGAAGAGCGGUGUGCUGUGACAUGGUUUAUAAGUUACCUUUUGGAAGGAGCUGUACAGCACAGCAGCCUGCAACUACUCUGCCUGAGGAUCGUUUUGGUUAUAGGGAUGACCACUAUCAAUAUGAUCGUUCAGGGUCAUAUGGUUACAAAGGGAUUGGUGGAAUGAAACCUUCUAUGUCUGACACUAACUUAGCAGAUGCUGGACAUUUUUUCUAUAAAAGUAAGAAUGCUUUUGAUUAUUCUGGAGGAACUGAUGCAGCAGUAGAUCUAACUUCAGGGAGAAUUACUACAGGUGAGGUAAUGGAUUAUUCAAGCAAGACUACAGGUCCAUAUCCAGAAACACGACAAGUCAUUUCAGGAGUUGGAAUUAGUACCCCACAGUAUUCCACAGCAAGAAUGACUCCACCUCCAGGACCCCAGUAUGGUGUGGGCAGUGUUUUGAGGUCAUCUAAUGGUGUUGUCUAUUCUUCAGUAGCAACUCCGAUCCCCUCCACCUUUGCCAUCACCACACAACCUGGCUCAAUUUUCAGCACCACUGUGAGGGAUUUGUCUGGUAUUCAUACAACUGAUGCAGUGACUUCAUUAGCUGCCCUGCACCAGAGCCAGCCAAUGGCUAGAUCAUAUUUCAUAACAACAGGUGCAUCCGAAACAGACAUUGCAGUAACCGGUAUUGAUAUCAAUGCCAGUUUGCAAACAAUUACAAUGGAGACUCUCACUGCUGAGACAAUAGAUUCUGUUCCCACUUUAACCACAGCAUCUGAAAUAUUUUCUGAAAUGGUGGGAGAUGAAAGCACCCUGUUAAUUGUCCCUGAAGAAGACAAACAGCAGCAACAACUUGACUUAGAGCGUGAGCUUCUGGAACUGGAGAAGAUUAAGCAACAACGCUUUGCUGAGGAACUGGAGUGGGAGCGUCAGGAAAUUCAAAGAUUCCGAGAACAAGAAAAGAUCAUGGUUCAAAAAAAGCUGGAGGAGCUACAGUCUAUGAAACAGCACCUUCUCUAUCAGCAAGAAGAAGAGCGGCAGGCCCAGUUCAUGAUGAGGCAGGAGACACUAGCCCAGCAGCAGUUACAGCUUGAGCAGAUCCAGCAGCUGCAACAACAGCUUCACCAGCAGUUAGAGGAGCAGAAGAUUCGCCAGAUCUACCAGUAUAAUUAUGACCCUUCUGGGACUGCUUCCCCACAAACUACUACAGAGCAGGCAAUUUUGGAAGGUCAGUAUGCUGCCCCAGAAGGUGGUCAGUUUUGGGCAACUGAAGAUGCAACAACCACAGCUUCCACUGUGGUGGCCAUUGAGAUACCACAGAGCCAAGGAUGGUACACAGUCCAGUCUGAUGGUGUCACUCAGUACAUUGCCCCACCUGGCAUCCUGAGCACUGUCUCAGAAAUACCACUAACAGAUGUUGUUGUAAAAGAGGAAAAACCACCCAAAAAGAGAAGUUCUGGAGCUAAAGUCCGGGGACAGUAUGAUGAGAUGGGGGAAAACAUGGCAGAUGAUCCCCGAAGUUUUAAAAAAAUAGUGGACAGUGGUGUACAAACAGACGACGAAGAUGCUGCUGAUCGGAGCUGUGCAAGUAGGAGAAGGAGAACUAGAAAGAGCGUGGAUACCAGCGUCCAAACUGACGAUGAAGAUCAGGACGAGUGGGACAUGCCUGCCCGAUCGAGGAGAAAGGCUCGUGUGGGGAAAUACGGUGACAGCACCGCAGAGGCUGACAAGACCAAACCCCCUUCCAAAGUCUCCAGCAUAGCGGUCCAGACAGUAGCAGAGAUAUCUGUGCAAACUGAACCAGUUGGAACCAUAAGAACACCUUCGAUACGAGCUCGAGUGGACGCCAAGGUAGAAAUAAUUAAACACAUUUCAGCACCUGAAAAGACUUACAAAGGGGGCAGUUUAGGAUGUCAAACAGAAGCAGAUUCAGACACACAAAGUCCUCAAUAUCUGAGUGCCACAUCUCCACCCAAAGACAAGAAACGCCCAACACCUUUAGAGAUUGGUUAUUCAUCUCACCUUCGGGCAGAUUCCACACUACAGCUGGCUCCUUCCCCUCCCAAAUCUCCAAAAGUCCUUUAUUCACCCAUCUCACCACUUUCAUCAGGCAAAGCCUUAGAAUCAGCCUUUGUACCUUAUGAAAAACCCCUCCCUGAUGAUAUAAGUCCACAGAAAGUACUGCAUCCAGAUAUGGCUAAAGUUCCCCCAGCAAGUCCUAAGACAGCCAAGAUGAUGCAGCGUUCUAUGUCUGACCCCAAGCCUCUGAGUCCAACAGCAGACGAAAGUUCCAGGGCUCCUUUUCAGUAUACCGAGGGCUUCACGACAAAAGGUUCUCAAACCAUGACACCCUCUGGCACACAGAAAAAAGUUAAGAGAACACUGCCAAAUCCACCUCCUGAGGAAGUUUCCACAGGAACUCCGUCAACCUUCAGCACAAUGGGCACUGUGUCUAGGAGAAGGAUCUGCAGAACCAACACAAUGGCUCGAGCGAAGAUUCUCCAGGACAUAGACAGAGAGCUUGAUCUUGUGGAAAGGGAAUCUGCAAAGCUCAGAAAGAAACAAGCAGAAUUGGAUGAAGAAGAAAAGGAGAUUGAUGCCAAGUUGCGGUAUCUGGAAAUGGGAAUUAACAGGAGAAAAGAGGCUUUAUUAAAGGAAAGGGAAAAGAGAGAGCGAGCAUACCUCCAGGGGGUAGCUGAGGAUCGGGAUUACAUGUCUGACAGCGAAGUCAGCAGCACUAGGCCAACCCGCAUUGAAAGUCAGCAUGGCAUUGAGCGACCAAGAACUGCCCCCCAAACUGAAUUCAGCCAGUUCAUACCACCACAGACACAAACAGAUUCUCAACUAGUCCCUCCAACAAGUCCUUACACACAAUACCAGUAUUCUUCCCCUGCUCUUCCUACCCAAGCACCCACCCCAUACACCCAACAAUCCCAUUUUCAGCAACAAACUCUGUACCAUCAGCAAGUUUCACCUUAUCAAACUCAGCCAACUUUCCAAGCUGUGGCAACAAUGUCCUUCACCCCGCAAGCUCAACCUACACCAACCCCACAACCAUCUUAUCAGUUGCCAUCACAGAUGAUGGUGAUACAACCGAAGCCACGGCAAGCCACUUUGUAUUUGGAGCCCAAGAUAACUUCAAACUAUGAAGUGAUUCGCAAUCAACCCCUGAUGAUAGCACCAGUUUCUACUGACAAUACGUAUGCUGUUUCCCAUCUUGGUAGUAAGUAUAAUAGCUUAGACUUGAGAAUCGGUUUGGAAGAACGAAGUAGCAUGGCAAGCAGUCCAAUAUCAAGCAUAUCUGCAGAUUCUUUCUAUGCAGAUAUUGACCAUCAUACUUCACGGAAUUAUGUCCUAAUUGAUGACAUUGGAGAGAUAAGCAAAGGAACAGCAGCAUUAAGCAGUGCAUUUAGCCUUCAUGAAAAGGAUUUGUCAAAAACAGACCGACUCCUUAGAACCACUGAGGCACGCAGGUCUCAAGAAGUGACGGAUUUCCUAGCACCUUUACAGAGUUCCUCCAGAUUGCAUAGUUAUGUGAAGGCAGAGGAAGAUCCAAUGGAGGAUCCUUAUGAGUUAAAACUUCUCAAACAUCAGAUUAAACAAGAAUUCCGUAGAGGGACAGAGAGCUUAGAUCACCUUGCUGGUCUUUCACAUUAUUACCAUGCUGAUACGAGCUAUAGACAUUUCCCCAAAUCUGAAAAGUACAGCAUCAGUAGACUCACACUUGAAAAACAAGCAGCCAAACAACUGCCAGCAGCCAUUCUUUAUCAAAAGCAGUCAAAGCAUAAGAAAUCACUAAUUGACCCUAAAAUGUCCAAAUUUUCACCUAUCCAAGAAAGUAGAGACCUUGAACCUGACUAUUCGAGCUAUAUGACUUCUAGCACUUCUUCUAUUGGUGGUAUUUCUUCUAGGGCAAGGCUUCUUCAAGAUGACAUCACUUUUGGCCUCAGAAAAAAUAUUACAGACCAACAAAAAUUUAUGGGAUCAUCACUUGGCUCAGGAUUGGGCACAUUAGGAAAUACCAUACGAUCAGCUCUGCAGGAUGAAGCAGACAAGCCAUACAGUAGUGGCAGCAGAUCCAGACCUUCCUCUCGACCUUCAUCUGUCUAUGGGCUUGAUUUGUCAAUUAAAAGGGAUUCUUCCAGCUCAUCACUGAGACUGAAAGCUCAAGAAGCUGAAGCUCUCGAUGUUUCCUUUAGUCAUGCAUCAUCCUCUGCCAGAACUAAGCCUACCAGUUUGCCAAUUAGCCAGAGUAGAGGAAGGAUACCUAUUGUGGCCCAGAAUUCUGAAGAAGAAAGUCCACUAAGUCCUGUUGGCCAACCCAUGGGAAUGGCCAGAGCUGCAGCUGGACCCCUGCCACCAAUAUCUGCAGACACCAGAGACCAAUUUGGAUCAAGUCACUCCUUGCCUGAGGUUCAGCAACAUAUGAGAGAAGAAUCACGAACUCGAGGCUAUGACCGUGACAUAGCAUUCAUCAUGGAUGACUUCCAGCAUGCCAUGUCAGACAGUGAAGCCUAUCACUUGCGUCGUGAGGAAACGGAUUGGUUUGAUAAACCCAGGGAGUCUCGUUUGGAAAAUGGACAUGGUCUGGAUCGAAAAUUGCCAGAAAGAUUGGUCCACUCUAGACCUCUCAGUCAACAUCAAGAGCAAAUUAUACAGAUGAAUGGGAAGACCAUGCAUUAUAUCUUUCCUCAUGCAAGAAUAAAAAUAACAAGAGACUCUAAGGAUCACACAGUUUCAGGUAAUGGACUAGGCAUCAGAAUUGUAGGUGGUAAAGAAAUCCCUGGACAUGGUGGAGAAAUUGGAGCCUAUAUUGCCAAAAUUCUUCCUGGAGGAGGUGCAGAACAGACAGGGAAACUUAUGGAAGGGAUGCAAGUAUUGGAAUGGAAUGGAAUUUCCUUAACUUCCAAAACAUAUGAAGAAGUACAGAGUAUCAUUAGUCAGCAAAGUGGGGAAGCAGAAAUAUGUGUAAGACUGGAUCUCAAUAUGCUAUCAGAUUCAGAAAAUCCUCAGCACCUGGAACUUCACGAACCACCAAGAGCUGUGGACAAAGCGAAAUCCCCAGGGGUUGAUCCCAAACAACUGGCAGCAGAGCUCCAAAAGGUUUCGCUACAGCAGUCACCCCUGGUCCUGUCCUCAGUGGUUGAGAAGGGAUCUCAUGCUCAUUCCGGUCCCACAUCAGCAGGAUCCAGUUCUGUUCCCAGCCCUGGGCAGCCUGGGUCACCCUCAGUGAGCAAAAAGAAGCACAGCAGUAGCAAGCCUACUGAUGCAACAAAGGUUGUCUCUCAUCCAAUUACGGGAGAAAUUCAGCUUCAAAUCAACUACGACCUUGGAAAUCUCAUAAUACAUAUUCUCCAAGCAAGAAACCUAGUCCCUCGAGACAACAAUGGCUAUUCUGACCCUUUUGUUAAAGUCUACCUUCUUCCAGGGCGAGGUCAAGUCAUGGUUGUCCAGAAUGCAAGUGCUGAGUACAAGAGAAGGACUAAAUAUGUUCAGAAAAGUCUUAAUCCUGAGUGGAAUCAAACAGUAAUUUAUAAAAGUAUUUCCAUGGAACAGCUCAAGAAGAAAACGCUGGAGGUGACAGUUUGGGAUUAUGAUAGAUUUUCUUCCAAUGACUUCCUUGGGGAGGUACUGAUUGAUUUAUCUAGCACAUCUCACCUGGAUAACACUCCUAGGUGGUAUCCACUCAAAGAACAGACUGAAAGCAUUGAUCAUGGCAAGGCUCAUUCCAGCCAGAGCAGCCAGCAGUCCCCAAAGCCAUCUGUCAUCAAAAGCAGAAGCCAUGGUAUCUUCCCUGACCCAUCCAAGGACAUGCAGGUUCCUACCAUUGAGAAAUCCCAUAGUAGUCCUGGUAGCUCAAAAUCAUCGUCUGAAGGCCAUCUCCGUUCUCAUGGACCAUCUCGCAGUCAAAGCAAAACCAGCGUCACUCAGACCCACCUGGAAGAUGCAGGGGCUGCCAUAGCCGCUGCCGAAGCCGCCGUGCAACAACUCCGCAUUCAACCAACAAAGCCUACCAAUCACCGGCCUGCAGAAAGCUCCGUGUCCACCGGCUCUUCGGGCAGCAGCUUUGGCAGUGGGUAUAGCGUGGACAGUGAAGGAAGCAGCAGCACUGCAGGGGAGACUAAUCUAUUUCCUAUUCCAAGGAUAGGGAAGAUGGGACAGAAUGGACAAGAACCUGUAAAACAGCCAGGAGUAGGAGUAGGACUAGCAGACACUGAAGUUAAAACUCAGGUAAUGGGAGAAAUCAAAAUUGCAUUGAAAAAGGAAAUGAAGACGGAUGGUGAACAACUGAUAGUUGAAAUUCUCCAAUGCAGAAAUAUUACCUACAAAUUUAAGUCUCCUGAUCAUUUACCAGAUUUAUAUGUGAAAAUAUAUGUCAUGAACAUCUCUACCCAAAAAAAGGUGAUCAAGAAAAAAACAAGAGUAUGUAGACAUGAUCGAGAGCCUUCAUUUAAUGAAACUUUUAGAUUCAGCCUAAGUCCCGCUGGACAUUCUCUUCAGAUUCUACUUUUCUCCAAUGGAGGGAAGUUUAUGAAAAAGACUUUGAUUGGUGAAGCCUGUAUCUGGCUUGACAAAGUGGAUCUCAGAAAAAGAAUAGUCAACUGGCACAAACUUUUGGUCAGUCCUACUCAACCACAUUGAAGAAAAGCGUCUGCUCAGGGUAUAGAAUGGAUCUACAUAGCCUCAAAUCAACACUGUAGUCAGAUACUAUUGUACUGAGCUAUUUUCAGAGGCAAACAUGAGGUGGGAACAAGCAUACAUUAAAGCCUUGUAAAUUUAUUGCUGUGGAACACAGAAAAAGACACAUGAGAAAGUUUACACGUUGAUAACCAACUCACAAAAAUAGAGCUCCAGACCUUGGAUUUCCCAUGACUAUGAAGAUAAACUGUGAGAGAAAUUUUGGAUACUUAAGGCAAAAAUCUUUGGGCAGAGUGAGCUGUAGCUAAAGACAGGCUCAAAGAUUAAUGUGGCUUCCAAAUGCAGCACAAAUGAAAAUCUUUAUGCAAAGAAACAUUGGUUGAAAGAACUGAUAUAAUGAAUCUCAGUUGUCAAAAAGCCUCUUCUUAGUGUUCUCAGGCAACUUUCUGUUUUGAGAUCCUGAUAUAAGAUACGUCUAUAAUAUAUGUAAAGAACUGGACAUAAGGUGACUGUGAUCAUAGGGAAGACAGAGCAGAAGAUAUAGAAAUCCUGGCUUUUAGACCAUAUCAUACAGUUUUUCCCUGUGUCUAAAUGUUACAAGGGUAUACAACACUACUUUUGGAAUCCAUGUGGUAAAAGCACAUUUGUUUCAAUACAAUUUGAAAUAAUAUAGAGUGAAGAUAAUACUAGGUAGAAAUGAAAUUACAUUUAUCUAGAAAUAAAACCAUGAAUGGUUAAUAAAGAAGAAUGUUGACCCACAAAAUAUUGGAACUCUGGUUGAAAACAUUAAAAUCUCCAUGAUUUACCAUUAAGCCAAAGCAUUUCCAUCUACAUAACAAAGGGCCUAGAUUAAAUUGGUAUGUCCUAGGAAGCAUGAUCACUUGUUCUUUGUGGUAUUGAAAAUAAAUGUAUUAUCCUGCAUUUUCCUUUCUCUUGAGUAACAUAUUGUCAGAGACAGAAAAUUCUUCCUCUGGCAAACAAAUCAUAUUAAUCUGGUAACAUUGAUUAGUUAAAUUGGUAUAAUUUCUUGCUUAUCCACAAUGUUUUUUUCAUGAAGUCAUUAACUGAUUGUACAAUGAUAACCCUCACAUCAAACUCAAGUUCUCUCUAGUACUCUUUUCCUCUGUUAGUGACAAUAUCACAGUGAUCAAGUUCAUCAAUGUGAGGAAAAUGUGAAAAGUCAACAUUUGAGAUUAAAACAUACUUUGAGCUAUUUUAAUAAUAUAGGGUGAAACAACCAAGGUUUAAGUUAUUAAAAUGAAACAUCCUCUUCCCCAUUAACCCACCACAUUGAUAAAGGAAGUAAGGUGGAAUUGUAGAAAACGCACUCAACUGAGAUUAGAACCCUAACUUCCGCCUUGAUUCUACUACUGACCUUGUACAUGUCACUUUGCAAAUGUCACUUAAACUCAAUUUUACCCAGUUUUUCUUUAAUUGUAGGUAAAAAUAAUGAUAUGUUCCUAGCCUUCCUCAUGGGAUGUUGGGAUGAUUCAAUCAAGAGAUCUAUGAAAGAUGAAAGCACAUUUCCACAGAAGUGAAGAAUAAUUGUUAUGUUGCUUUUUAGUUUUCAAAUCUUGUAUGUGGGAAACAUCCUCCAUACCAAUGAUAAGCAUUGGCAUGGAUAAAAGUCGUAAAUUUGCUCCAAAACUCAUUUUUUAUUUAAAAUAUAAAUUUUUAUUAUUUAACUUGAAAAAAGAUGAAUUAAUUAAAAGUGAUUUGUAAGUUUUAUUAUACUAAAUUAAAUGAAUUAUACUGAUCUUAUCCUAUUUCCAUACCCCGACCAAAACAAAUUAAAUUGCUUCUCAGAGCAUUUUGAACUUAAAAGCUGCUAUUUCAAGUUAGAUUCUAGUGGGUAAAUUAGAGGAAAUGAGCACCAAAAAGUUGGUUGGAUGUUAAAUUUUCUCAUUUUUAGAGAGAAAAUACUUUCAAUUAGAGAAUAAUGUAAAACUCAACUAAAGAAUUUGUAAUAUAUAUCCCAGGCUGUAUACUUUAUUAUAUUCAUAAAGAUAUACAAAUUCACUUUUCCCCAAACUAACAUAACCAUCACUUUUCUUCUAUUUUUUAAUCGCCUGUCCUUUGACAGUGCAAUGUCAUUUACCACCGAUGUUGCUCUAGAGUGAGCAUUGAGGAAGUAAAUCAUCAAAAAAAUGAUAUUGCUAGGAUUUUAUUUUUAGGGACUACUAGAUCUGCUGAUAGUUGCCAUGGAUAUUUCCAGCAGAAGCUAGCACUUGGGGAAGCCUGUAAUCAUCAGUCAUAAUUGGGGAAGAAAAGGGUCCAGGAAGAUCUCCUUCUGACAUAAAAAAGACUCUGCUGUUUGCUCUUAAAAGGAAACCCUGACUCACCUUGGUACUCUUCUGCAGCUGCUUGCAUCCAGAGGUAUGCAUGAGAGGUUGUAUGACCAGUUAGCUUACUUCAUUGCAGUUGCAAUUUCUUUUGGAAUAAUAAAAAUGGAGGGCCAACUGAAACAAAGACAUCCCUUGAUAGCUAUUUAACCUGAAAGAAUAAGAGCCUUUCUAUUCUAGGUGCCCCUCUAUUCCAAUAAACUAGUGAUAAGGCUUAGUCAAUCAAGAGGGUUAAUGACAGGGCUUCUUUUCAUGCACCAGCAUUCCCCUUCAGAGAGCAUAAGAUCCUGCCAGUGUGCCAAGUUUGCAGCUGACCAAACUCCUAGGUUGUACUGGAAUUAUUCUAUGCAACACUGAUCCUUAUAUGAAUGCAUUUCUUCUGAAUGAUAUUGAUUACCCUUCUUACAACUAAACUAUUUCUUUUUUAAUUGCAUAUAGGGCUCUUGGUAUUUUUUACUUUUUUGUAUAGAUCACAGCACAUGAUUUUACACUUUUUAUUUUCUUUAAUUUUAUUGGAAUUAACUUUUUUUAAAUCCUAUAGCAACAGUUUGUAAUCUCUAAUUAAUAUGUGAUUAGUUCAAUUACAACACCUAUACCUUGAAAAGCAUCACAAUUUUUCCACUAUUUCAUUGAGUCAUCAAAGACUAAAGUAGUAUAUUAUUUUAAAUUUGGUCCUAAAGAAAUGUUAAGCUGUAGAGGAAAAGCACAGAGUGAAUUUUUACAAAAGAUAGGGACUCUAAAAUCGUCGUUACAGACACAAAUAACACUAUUAGCAAGAAGUUGGUGUUUUCCCUGUUUUUACUAAAGAUUAGGGAAAUUUUCUGUGACUAUGAACUCUUUGUUUACCAUUUCAGUUCAAAAGAAUAAUAUCCAAGAUGAAGGGUUAGCAAUUGUCUUUAUUCCUUAAUAUUGCCCAUAUUCUAAUAAAUCACACUAAUUAAAUGCAUAUUUUCAGCAUAUCAGUAAGAUUAAUUUUAUGAAUCACACACACAUUAAAAUAGUCAUAUUGUGGGAUUAUUAUAGCUGGUAACCAGCUGAUAUUGAUUCUUAUUAUAGAAAGGGUUGUGACGAUGGUGGUGGUAGCAUAGUGAUACUAGUGGUGGUGAUGUGAAGUAAAAUAAAUUGUAUAUUAUAUUGUGCCCAAAAUAUUAGGAAUUAUUUGAUCAAUGCUUCAUUUCAUUAAGAAAUCAUGAAGAUGUUUAUAGUAUUUUUUUACUUUAUUAUUUAAAUCAUAACUAACAAUAUUUUUAAAAACUUAUUUUCAUUGCUAGAAUGUCUAAUAUUCCAAAAUCAGCCAAUUACUCUGUGUUUAUAAAUAUAUGUGUGACAGAAGUGACUUCCCCUCUUUUUGAGAUUGAAAUGAAAAUGAGACGUAGCUCAAUGAAUAAUUAUGAGCUGUUACUUUAAUAAUUUCUUGCCUUUGGUAUAAGAAUGAAAGAGUGAAACAGAUUCCCAUUGAAUAAGACACACUGAUGUUUUCUGUAUGUCCCAUGUUGUUAUUAUUAAAGUUACCCAUUAUACCAAAAUCAUUUAAUCAAAUCUCUUAUCUGAUAGGUAGAUUGAGAGCAUUUUCUUAAUUCGUUACCCUGUACAUAGCUAUACAUUUGGUAUAAUAGACAAAGUUGAAAUAUUCAUUUUUUGGCAUUCAGCAUGUGAAUAUGAUUAUUAUUUGACUGUGUCGAAAUAUUUGUUCGGUGAUGUGCUCAGGUGCUCCCACUACUGAUUAAUGUGUGUGCUAAUAUCCUAACAACACAUCUGAUGUUAAAACGAUUUCUUGUCUGAAAAAAUUUAAAACCUAAUAAAAUCAAUUUCAAAAUAAAAAACAAAGUACUUGGAGAUAUGUCUUGUUUCUGACUAUGUUGCAUGCUGUGUUGGUGAUUUGCUAAUGUUCUUUUCUCUUUCUUUCUUUCUUCCUUUUUUUCUUUUUUUCUCCCCCCCCCCUUUGGUUUACCCAAAUCCCUCUGGAAAAUCUAAUGAACAAACGCAAAUUCUUGGGCUAAAGAUUGUAUAAAUUGACCUGAAAAUACAUGAGAAUUAUAUUUAAAAAAAUGCUUGUAAAUCUGUCUUGAGUUUUAUUCUAUGUAAAAAUAUGUCUUGGUUUUGUGAUUGUAUACAAGAUGUACCUUGAUAAUUUAUGUAAAUUGUGCUGUAUAAAGGCUGUUGUCUCAGCCUUACUAAUAAAUAUUGAAA